AUGACUGUGUCUUACAUCUGUGACAAAUACUCCGCCAGCGGUUCCUUCCACACAAUCAAAUCCGAUUUGAAAACUCUCCGGGGUCACUUGGAUACACUCACGGUGGAAGUUAAAAAUGUCAUUGAGCUGAGGGAUGAGCUUAAGAAUAGACUAAGAGAAAUUAGCAGUGUUAUGCCAAAAAUGUCGGAAGCUAUUUCGAAACUGCGUAACGAAGUGUCGGAAGACCUGGGUGCUGAGACGAGCGAGAAGUUCAAGGAUGUGGUCAGGAGGGAAAUACAGACUUACGAUGCUGAUAAAACUGGUCGCACCGAUUAUGCCCUCGAGGCAGCUGGAGGAUCAAUCGUCUCGACGAGAGACACUGAGGCAUACUCAACCGGCGCCUCGGUCCUCUCCCUAUUCGGGAUGCCCCUGUGUCAGAGCCGAAAUACCCCAAGAACCGUGAUACAGACAGGAGUUCUCCCCGGUGAAUGUUGGGCAUUCAAGGGGAACAGUGGAUCUGUGGUUAUCGAACUUCUGGGAAGUGUUUACGUUUCCGGUGUCACACUUGAACACAUCUCACCCUCAAUUUCUCCCACUGGCGAGACUUCCACUGCACCUCGAGACUUCUCUCUAUGGGGAUUGAAACGCAAAGAAGACACAGAAGGUUUUCUAUUCGGUGAAUUCACCUACGACAAUUGCAACCCACCAGUGCAAUACUUCAAAGUCAAAAACACAGCGAAGGAUCCUUACGAACUCGUCGAAGUAAAAAUUCACUCCAACAGUGGUAGCCCCGAGUACACCUGCAUCUACCGCAUCCGAGUGCACGGUACUCUAAGUAGAUUGAAAAAAUAA